UGUGUGUGUGUGUGUGUGUGUGUGUGUGUGUGUGUGGUUAUGUGAAAGUGUGUAUAAUAGUUCCUGACAUCAGCAGUAGGUGUGUGGUGCUGACUCCCAGGAUUUUAUGUGUGUUGGGCCCGCAUCCAUGGCUCCUCACCUAAGACUGGUCUGGGAACCAGGUGUGUGUGUGUGUGUGUGUGUGUGUGCGUGUGUGUGUGUGUGUAAAAGGAGGGUUACUUGUGAAAAGGAUGUGUAUGAAGCACAUCUGUUCAAAUCAAGUAAAAUCAAUUUCAUUUUAGAAGUAAUCAGAUUUGUUACUUAAGUACCAAUAACCCAACGUCAAAAUCCUCCAUCGCAAGUAAAGGUUAAUGAGCUGGAGACCAGAGGCUGACUUCUUAAUCCGAUAGGUUGUUGAGAGUAUGAAUGGGCCGUGCUACAGUAAUCCACAUUGUGUUGUUAGGAUAGGCUUGGUUACAUAAUCGCCCUAAGAACCCCCAGAUGGUCACAUGCCAGAAGACAACAUGGCCUGAUGAUUGGACAGCGGGAAACAAUGACAUGUGCUGGCCAUAAUCAGGCUAAACGUCAGUCACAUUACAAUUCCAUUACAGUCCUUAAUAGUGCUUUUAAAUAAUCAACUCUUAUCAGGGUUGUGGUCAGUUCGAGGCAGCAAAGCUGCUGUGAAUGGCAAAUAAAUCUGUCCACUAGAGGGCAGUCCAGCCAAGGUGUUAGGCUGUAAACCAGCCGUAAGAGCCUGCAAGUCCACCUUGUUUCUCCGUGCAUUGAGUCUCAAAUACUCAUAAAAUGAUUCCAAAUUAGCCUGCCUGAAUGCCUUCCUGUGCAUACAUACGUGUCCCAGCACUGACAGAACUUCCUCCCCAGUGGGAAAGCAGGAUGUCCAGAUAAGUGAAAACCAUUUAAAGAGCAUUGACCCUCCGAGGAUAGCAGCAGCAAGUCUCAGUGACAUUUCUAUGGUUACGUUGCUUUAAGCUUCUCUCAGAGGCUUUCUUGGGCUUCUGCUGUGUGUGUGUGUGUGACCUCUGAUCCCUGUACAGUGCGCAACGGAUCAAUACAAUGAAACUGAUCCUAUUCCAAUCUGUCACUUAAUCCAUCAUUCUAUGUACCAUUUCCCUCCCAUCCAUCUAUUUAGAGACGCGGAACUGUACAAAGCUCCUCCAUUUCUAUAUCAUAUUUCUCUCAUGUUCUUCAUCUUAUUGUUCUUCUCCACUUUCUUCCUUUCUCUCUUUCUCCACUUUUACUUCCCCAUGCCCCUCCACUCCUUUUGUAAACCACUGAAGUGUCUGAGAGGUACUGUGCCACUGCGGCGAGACAAUGGUGUUUGCACACAGUGUCAAUAGUCUUUCCCUCUGUCUCAGUAAUUGAUGGAUGACUGUGAGUCAGGCAUAAACUAAGCAGAUUACACUCACUAGAUCUGAGGACUGAUGCUAAUAUGUGUGUGUGUGUGUGUGUGUGUGUGUGUGUGUGUGUGUGUGUGUGUGGUGGGGGUUGGAGUUGCAGAGUGACUGUCCAGUUUUGGAAGUCAAUCCGACAGCUGUCCCUGGAGGCUGAGAUUUGAUGGCCGUGAGUUUAGAGAUGAGGAGAAAAGGGUGAAAACACACGCACACACACACACACACACGUGCAAAGGGUGUCUGCUUCACUUGUACUUUUGCUUUUGGUCAGAGAGAACGUGAUGCAUCUGGUGUGUGUGGGUCAAUAGCUGGCAGCUGGGCGCUCUGUUACAGGCAGCGUCCCUCCGGAGCAGCUACUGAGCUCCUGUCUUCGGUUCAGCAGUGUAAAAAUAUUUUUGACGUUUAACUGCAGCCAUGCAUGUUCAAUUUAAUUUGCUGCAUUGAGAUUGUUUCCAUUUCUUGUUAUUACUAGAUUUUGUUAUGGUUCAUGUUUUUGUCCUCAGUUUCCUUGACAUUUGUCUUCUGCGGUUUUGUCAUUUGGGUUGACAUGUUUUUUUACAAGCCCCAUAGGUCUUUAUUUCAUCUGGACUUUACAAGCUUCCCUUUUAUCCCCUUUUAUUUGGUUACGAAAUACACUUUUGACUUUCAGCAGGGGGUUUCAAUUGGUUUCAGUAACUCUUAAACUCCUUUUUAUCGCCACUGAUUUUCAAGGCCAAUACAAAUAUAUAAAACUGCAGUGACACGAGGGGACAGUUGGGACAGUGCCUUUCUUUAGCAGGUUACAGAGCAUAUAUGCCCAUUCACCAUGCUCAUACUCAGCCACACCCUCUUCACAUUCAACCUCAAAGUUGAGACCUUCUGACUAUUCCUCACAGUUUUUAAAUCUGCAGUGUGAAAGUCCAUUUGUGCUUUUCCUCAUGAAAUAAGAUCCAUUGUGAAGUCACUAAGUGAAGGUUUACUCUAAAAGAUCUUUAUAUAAAUUGUUAGCAGACACCUGUAUCUGUUCAGGGGUCAAAUUAUUUCCAGUGGUUUGUGAGUAAUGGAAGGUUAUUUCUCGGAGUUUCGAAGGUGUCCCAAUAACCUCGCUCUCCCUACAGCAGAGCUUGUUUACUCAUCCUGGCAUGAUGAUGGCGCUAGAUGAAAGUUUUAGGAAUCACAUUUAUUAUUACAUUUAACUCUGGACUGAAAUGGUGAACCCAACCAACUGAUAGACUGACUAGCCGCUAGCAUGGCUAAAAAUGUGAUGGAUUAUUUGACAUCAUAGUCGUCACGUGCAGCCCCUGAUCUGAAUUUAUCCUGAACCUCUUUUGUUGAUAGCGGUUCAAUCGACCGAUUUAGGUUCAAUGAGUUCUGCUUCUUUUCAGACUGUAACCUUUUUAUUUACUUUAGAUCACACAACAUGAACCUUUGACAUAGAAGCAACAAAAAAGCUUUUGUACAGUGGCACACAGUAAUGAGUCAAUUAUCAGAAGAACAAACUACUCGGGUGCGUCGGGUCUUUCAAGUGGUUCGCUUGACGCCACUCUGGCUUUACUCAAGUGUGCCUUAAAUAUUGUUGUGGUGCGUCUGAAGGCCAUUGAGCUGGUGCCAAAGAAAAUAUCAACCAUUGAUAACAAUUAUUAAUCUCGAGUUUUGAUUUCAACUUGAAUAUCUGAAAAAGACUCCCCAGCUUUUUUUGAGCAAAUAAAGAACCCAUUGACGGCAGCUGCCAAACUAAAAGCCAGCGAGAGAUAAGAGCCACUUGGCUUUAGCGUCAACAUUUGGUUUCCUAAAUGGUUUAUAAAAGAUAAUUUCUCAGUGUAGAUAAUGGUUUGUGAUGCAUUAACUUUAGGAGAUUUGAUACGAUAGUAGCACUCAGUGUCUGGCUUUUUGCAUUUUAUGGUUGAGAUAAAAUUAUGUACCAUUAGAAAAACACACUCUCUUUAUCUUUCAUGGCUUUUUAUUCGUGCUCUCUCCUUUGUGUUCCCUGUGUGCUCGCGUUUCAUUUGUUUACAUGUGUUGCAUGUCGGUGUAUGUGGCUGCUGUAUUGCUCUUUGGCGAGCUGUUUCAUGUGGUGCGUAAUGAGAUAAGGCCCCACUCCUUGCAGUCUGCUGUCUGGGCCUUUAUCUGCACAGCAGAUUAGCGCAGGUGACUUCAUUCCUGUGGAGGUUGGUCAGGUGAGGGUCAGCUCAAAGCACGAGCCCGACGUCAUCUCGACGAGAGGGGAAGAGACAGGCCGAGACUGACAUGAAAAGAGCAGGAAGUCUGAGGUUUACGUGUACCAAACUCCCUUUGGCAUUUGUGCAUUUUUGAUGCUCAAACUGUCAUCAUUUGGGAAAUGUAUGACUAUUGUUCUUCCAUCACCGUAUGUUAAAGUUUGUGUAAGUUGUACGUUUUUUUUAUAAGUGAGGAAGUUAAUUCACAAAAUUUGAACCUCUAUCGGACUCUUAUGUUCUGUUAGUUUAAAACAUACAAAAUAUAGUCCAGUGCCUGUACACUGAUGAAUACUUCAUUGCUGUACCAAGCUGAUGCAGAAACAACUGGAACAUUGUGGAAGGGGCAUAUUUUAAGCACUCUACUGUAUACUGUAAUAUCACUCAUUUAUUCAAGCAUCCACACUGAGGCUGUGCUGGGACUUCACCAUCAUCAUUUGAAUUUGACCCAUGACUUCUCAACAAGGCUGAGCAGUGUAUCCGUGUGUGUCCUCACACAGACAAACACUCCCCAAAGCUUGUUUUCUGCACAUACAGGGAUUUUUGUUGGCAUGGACUCUGACCGAUCCCCUAUGCGUCUGUCUUUUAAGUGGAUUAGGAUGUAGUGACAACAGGUUGACUCCUCUAACACCGGGCUUCUUACUGUAACUUCACUCUCAUUGGAGGAUAGUUUAAACAAUUUAAAAAAAUACACAAAACUAACAGAGAUAAAUAAUAUCACAGCGCAGGAAGAGCCAGAAAGCCCACAUAAUAUUGUUGACAAGGUAUUUUUUACAAGAUAGGAUAUAUAAUAACAACAAAACUAUACAUUAUUAACAACAAAAAAGAAAGAAAAUGUGAUUGUGUCGAGAUGUGUUUUUGUGUGUGUGUGUGUGUGUGUAUGAGAGUAAGUGUGGGCUUGUGUGUGUUAAGGGGAUAUUGGUUUAUACACCAUAUUGUUAUUAUUAAAGGUUGAAUCUUAUAUGUACUGAAUUUUCGCCGCAUCCAAUCAGGUUGAACAUAAGGCAAGGAAGGACAAUCUGAAAACUUUUCACAGUCAAAAUUCAAAGUAAAUUUGUAUAUUUAGUUCUGUUUUUUUUUUUUUGUUUGUUUCUGUCGACCACACUGCAUCUUGCUGCACCUGUUAACCCUCUUCCCAUGCCAAGCACUACUUACUGUGUUUCUUAUUUUGCGUGCACGUGUGUGAUGUCAGUGAAAGGCCGAAAGCACGACAUCAGGCACGUAGCCAAAGCUGAUUAAAGCAGAUAAAAGUAUGAGCAGUAAGUCAGUUAAGGCUUGGUUACAAACGGUGCGUAUGUGUGGUGGUCCAUAUGUUUAUUAUCAAAAGCUCUUUCUUCGGGUCUGAGUACAACUAAUGAGAAUGUUCGUGGUAAUGCUUGUUUUUUCCAACCAAUAAUGCAAAACUCAAAUAUGUUUAAUUAACAAUAAUAUAUUUUUCAUUGGUAAAUGCCUAUAACUGAUGUUUCAAGUGGAUAUAUCUACUGUGGAUCUAUUAAUAUGUUACUCAACUUAGCAUUGGCUGCAUUAGAUUGGAUAAAUUGAUUAAGACCAUACAACUGUGGAGAUGUAUGUGGCAGUAUAUUUUAUUCAUACACACAUAGAUACAGAUCAUUUAGUUAGAGCCCUUAUUUUGUUUCCCAGCUACUAUAAUAAAAACAAUAACCGCUGCUAUUAAUGUGAGAAUUCACCUUCUACAUUCCCAUAUAAAGUUAUUUCUUAGAGCUAAGCCCCAAAACAUCCUCUGUUGUCACAUCCACCUGCCCCAGCGAGAGGCCGCCUCUCAUUGGCUCAGAGGACAGCCAAUCAACUGGCAGCUCAGCCUUCAGAGGGAAGGCCAUUCAAAUGCUGUGGCUCAUGAGGGCCAGCUCUGCUUGGAGACCCUUGUCACACACACAGCCAGCUAGUCACAACAGUCAGGACUUCAAAAGCAGCCAGUGGCCAAGUGCGAGUGACAGGGAGACGAGAGGAGCUGAGGGUGUUAUACCACAGACGAGAGGACAGCAGAUGGAGACAAAGUUCGGGGGCAGAGUAAAGAGAAAGGGACAAGCACUGCGGUGACAGCCACAGUUUAUGAAAUCUGCAGAGGAGAGACCAAAGAUAAAGAGAAGGAGAGAAAACAGACAAGCACUUUUCUCAUCUUCAGAGCAUGGUGGCAGAGUUCACAUGGAUUUAGUCGACCUCUACCUCCCAGAGUGUUUCACCUACCACUCUGGCACAGAACAUCUCGGCAGGAUGUCAGUGAGGGGCUUGGACCCCACCUGUCCCGCCAUUAUAAAGCGUGAGCCCUCCAGCCCCAGCUCUCAGGGGGACGUCAGCCCGGCCCAGCCCAGCCCUGGAAGCACCUCAUCGGACACAAACUCCAGCUACGGGGCCCUGGUCAAAGGCCACCACAAUCACAGCAAUGGACUGGACUCCCUGGGCCUCUAUGGUCACACGGCGGGGUUGGCCAACAAUGCAGGAGUGAAUAGGAUGUUUGUGGAGGGAGAAAGCCAAGUGAAGUGUGAAUUCAUGCUGGGCUCGGUGGCCAAGCGUGUGUGUCUGGUGUGCGGCGACGUUGCCUCGGGCUACCACUAUGGUGUGGCCUCCUGUGAAGCCUGCAAGGCCUUCUUCAAGAGGACCAUCCAGGGUAACAUCGACUACAGCUGCCCAGCGUCCAAUGAAUGUGAAAUCACCAAGAGAAGGAGGAAAUCUUGCCAGGCCUGUCGAUUCGUGAAAUGUCUGUCUGUGGGCAUGUUGAGAGAAGGUGUGCGUUUGGACCGGGUCCGAGGUGGCAGACAGAAGUACAAGAGGAGAAUAGACGCUGAGAACAGCCCGUAUCUGCACCCACAGAAUGCCUUGCCUCAGAAAAAAACAUUCUUUGUUGGCGGUGUGGUGGAAAACAAAGUGGUGUCCCUGUUGCUGGUGGCCGAGCCAGAGGGCAUCUUCGCCAUGCCGGACCCCACUGUACCUGAGAGCGACAUCAAGGCUCUGACCACACUGUGUGACCUGGCUGACAGGGAGCUGGUGGUCAACAUCGGCUGGGCCAAACACAUCCCAGGCUUCCCCUCCCUCUCUCUGGCCGACCAGAUGAGUCUACUGCAGAGCGGCUGGAUGGAGAUUUUGAUUCUUAGAGUGGUGUUCCGCUCGCUGGCCUUGGAGGACAAGCUGGUGUACGCCGAGGACUACAUCAUGGACGAGGAGCAGUCGAAGCUGGCCGGGCUGCUCGACCUCAACAACGCCAUCCUGCAGCUGGUGAAGAAGUAUAAAACUAUGGGGCUGGAGAAGGAGGAGUUUGUGGUCCUCAAGGCUAUCGCGCUCGCUAAUUCAGACUCCAUGCAAAUUGAGGACUCAGAGGCAGUUCAGAGACUCCAGGAUGUCCUUCACGGGGCCCUCCAGGACCAUGAGGCCACCCACCGCCCCGAGGACCCUCGGCGGGCCGGCAAGCUGAUCAUGACCCUCCCUCUCCUCCGUCAGACGGCUUCUCGUGCCGUCCAGCACUUCUGCAGCAUCAAACAGGACGGCCGCGUGCCCAUGCACAAACUGUUCCUCGAACUGCUGGAGGCCAAGGCCUGACCCGAACACAGACGGCCAUCAGCUUUUGUCCGGACCCCCGAUGCAGGGGGUCAGGAUGACAGGAAGUGAAGGAUAACGGGUAAUGGUGAGGUUUGACACCAUGUAUUUGUCCAUUUCAGCUUUGACAAAAAAAAAAAAAGAAGUUUGAAAUCUCCCGGGAAGUGUGUUCCAGCAGAUGGAGCAUUUUUAGAGCAACAUCUUUUCCUUCUCCCAACAACAGUUUGAGCGGAGCCGUCGAAUUUGCAUUUAGUGUCUUGACGACGAGGACAUUGUCAUCUUUACUGUUUGACACUAAUUUAAGCUCGUUGACCUGCUUUGAACGGUCGAAGGCGGCUGGACAGACAGACAGACAAGACGUCAUUAAAGCAGAAUAAAGCGCCUUCUCGAGAUAUUUACAGUAACAUGCCAAAAGUAGAGCUUCUUCUGUCAAAAGACCACCUGAUACUUGAAUAUCCUCAUGGAUUAUUUCAUCCGUCUUGAAACCUGUUAAUCUGCAUUCUAGUGCAUUUAGAGAGCCUUUUAAUGAUUUCAUUUCGUUUGUCCUUUUUGUAUAGAAAAAGUAAAUGGGUCCUAAGAGGAAAGUCUUGCCAAAGAGUAAAGACUCGAACUAUGAAUACCAGCAUAUGUCCACAAUAAUAUAAUGUGGCCUGUAAGUCAUUCACGUAAACCUGCAUCCCUGUAUGCCCUGUAUGGCAUAACGUAUCUAUCUAUCCACUACAUUCAUAUAUAAAUAAUCAAAGGGAAGCUAUUAAGUGAUCAGCAUCUCACAAAACAAUAACCGGCCUCCUGAUUUUAGUUGCAAAUUUCAGGGAAAGAGUACUUAAUGAUACAUUAUACAAUUGUACGACAGCAAAGUGAUAUUUAUUCAAAAGUGGCUCUGUUCGUUUGCUGUUUUUUAUUUACUAAUGUGGCAUUAAUGAAGAGUAGAUUCAAACAAUUACAGUGGAUAAUCAUUUUUUUAAAGAUUUUUAAAUGAUAUCUUAGUAAGAUCAUUUUUACUAGCUUCUCUGCUACAGCACUGAUGUGUACCAUAUCAUGAAAUUCGAGGCAACAUGAUCAUAAUUGGAGUGCGUACUUAAAGAUCAUAAUGUUGUAGAGCUAUUGUAGACCCGUAGGUAUAACUUUAUGUAAAAUGGCUGCCAUACUGUAUAAUCUGGAUUAGGGAGGCAUUUGAUGUCCUUUCUAUGGUAGAAUGUCUGUGUAGGAUGAAAUUUGUGCACUACUUUUUCCUUUUAGCCAUAAAGUUUGGGGGAACUGGUGAUGGCGCUCUGUUAAUCUGUUAGCGUGUUUUGUGUGAAGAGUAGUUAUAUCUGAAAAUUGUCUUUUUUUCUGCACCCGAUAAAUGAAGGGAUUAAACUCGAAAGGAAGCUCAGUACGAUGAGUAAAAGUCUUUCUCCUUACUUUACUCAAGGUACUGUGACGCUAUAUAAUGUGCAUAUUUUUGUGACAAGAUGAAGGCAGCAAUAUGCCGGUUUAAAUGUAUGUACUGUAUUUUGCUGUAUAUACGUCAUGUCUUAUGCCAACAGAGAUGUUUAAGGAUGCAAAUAAGCUUUGUUUGGAUGAGCCGUGCCGUGUUAUUUCAUUCUCAGGUGGAUUCUUGGGCAAUAAAGAUGAUCCCCUUAAUGCAAAGCUCAUAUCAUCUGAGUGUCAUCUUUCUCAAUAAAGAGGAGAACGCUUGUGAAACAAAUUCAUUAAGAGCUGGUAAGUGAGCACAGUCUAUUCUGCACUGUUUGACAAUGGACUGUCAGUUCCAAGUUAGCACAUUUAUUGCACAUUUAGGCCAUCAGAUCCCAGUUGGAUGGAGAUUUAUAAUUAACAGCUAUAAUGUAAUGAAGUCUAACAGUGGCUCUGGGGAGUGCUGGUCAUCAGAUGCCUGUUGAUGGAAGCAGAGGUGGGCCGACUCAUCGCAUCAUCAUACAAUCAAUACAAUUUAUACCUUAAAAUUAAAAAGUAAUAUUUGGGUCAUGCUUUUGAUUCAAACAACCCUAUUUAGUAUUUAUAAGCAGUAUAUAUAACACUUGAUAAAUGGUUUGAAACACACGAUAAUGUAGUUGUGAGCAGAUACAAGGAUAUUAUUUGCUUCACGUAUUUCGUUGCAUACAUUUUUGUCAACAAAAUAGAGCAAGACUGCUCAUCAACAUAUGUGUGAACAUGUAUGACUCCUCCUGUAGAAUCCUGUAACUGUGUCAUUUUAUAGAAUGAUAUAUUAUUCACAAGCAGGUUUAAAACUGUUUAAAUACAUGCAUGGUCAAAACUCAAAACACUGAGUUGAAAGGUUCGUUCUUGACGUUGAAAAAACAUGCGGUGCACUUCAUAUGAAGGUUAUGUAUGUAUUAUAAGCACAUUCAUAAGAUGUGAUGCGCUUAUAAUAAUGGUAUAAUUCUCUAAACACGUUAGUUUUGUUUGCUCGUUGUUAUAUAUAUUUUUAGAUCAAUUUCUUUAACAAAAGUUGCAUGAAAGCAUUGCAGAAUUAGCAAGCCAGCUAAGUAGUCAUCUGUCCGCUAGUUAGCUCUCUAAUUCCACCAUGCUUUCAUGCUACGUUGGUGACAGCCGGCCAUUCUUUCAUCUUUCUAUUACUUUAGCCUAGAAUCAAUCGCUCUAAUAAUUUAACCUGCAGCAGCCGUGACAGCAGUGGAGGUUAGCAAAAGCCUACGCUAAACUGUUAGCAUUUACUCUUUAUCUCUGAAGCUUUUCGAUAUUGUAGCUCACUAGAGCCUAGAAUCACAGUUUACCAUUUGAAAUGUAUGCAUUACUGAUUCUGUCACCAAACAACAAAGAAAGAGGACAUUUUCAAUAUGUAACUUUGGCCGACUACACUGAGGUGAUUUGUGUUUGCCUCCAGUCUUUCCUCUGUUUUGCCUCCAUCUAACACUGUGAUGUAUUCAUGACAUCUGCUGUAAAAGUGUCCCUAAAACUCUUUAUAGCUGUUUAUUUAUUUACAUGACAACUUGGUGACAAGUGGUGGGCAUGAUGUAUACGAGUACAGCAUUCAUAAUGCUUUACCUCCAUGCCAAAGUGACAUUUUUAAUUAAAUGCUAUACCAUCAUUUUGUUAUGAAUUUUUUGACGACAUACUAUACCAUACAUUUUUGACAGACAAUACUAUGACUUAUUUAAGACAUUUUUCGUCGUACUGUACUAUGAAUUCUUUUGACAUACUAAGAAAAAUACUUUAUUUCUUUUGACUUUUUUUGACUUUUUUCAACUCACUAUAAUAUGAGCUUUUCUAACUUUUUCAACAUACAUUCUUUGACUUUUUUCGAGAUACUAUAGUUUGACUUAUUUUGCCUUCUUUCAACA